AUGGGUGAAUGUCCUGUACACAAGAAGCCGGCCAAUGUCGCCGGUGGCGGCACUCGCAACAACGACUGGUGGCCCGAAGGCCUCAAGCUUAACAUCCUGCGCCAGCACACCGAGAGCACCAACCCCAUGAGCAAGGACUUUAACUAUGGGGCUGCUUUCAAGAGCUUGGACUACUUUGCCCUGAAGAAGGACCUCCACAACUUGAUGACCGACUCACAAGACUGGUGGCCGGCGGACUUUGGCCACUACGGUGGUCUGUUCAUUCGGAUGGCCUGGCACAGCGCUGGUACCUACCGUGUGUUCGACGGCCGCGGUGGCGGUGGUCAGGGCCAGCAGCGAUUUGCGCCACUCAACAGCUGGCCCGACAACGUCAGCCUCGACAAGGCUCGUCGCCUGCUGUGGCCUAUCAAGCAGAAGUACGGCAACAAGAUCUCCUGGGCUGACCUGCUGCUCCUCACCGGCAAUGUUGCCCUGGAGUCAAUGGGCCUGAAGACCUUUGGUUUCGCCGGUGGCCGUCCUGAUGUCUGGGAGGCCGAUGAGUCUGACGAGGACAAGGCCAAGCAGAGUGACAUCCGCACUCGUGACCCCGAAGAUCCUUUGGCUGCCGUCGUCAUGGGUCUGAUUUACGUCAACCCUGAGGGCCCUGAUGCCAACCCGGACCCCGUUGCUGCCGCUCGGGAUAUCCGCAUUACCUUUGGCCGCAUGGCCAUGAACGACGAGGAGACCGUCGCUCUGAUUGCCGGUGGCCACACCUUCGGUAAGACCCACGGUGCUGCCCCCGCCAGCCAUGUCGGCAGCGAGCCCGAGGCCGCCGGCCUGGAGGCCCAAGGUUUCGGGUGGCACAACAGCCACGGCACCGGAAAGGGUGCUGAUACGAUCACCUCUGGUCUGGAGGUCACCUGGACCAAGACUCCUACCAAGUGGAGCAACCAGUUCCUCGAGUACCUCUUCAAGUACGAUUGGGAGCUCACCAAGUCCCCUGCUGGUGCCCACCAAUGGGAGGCGAAGAACGCCGGCGACAUCAUCCCUCACGCCCACGACAGCAGCAAGAAGCAGAAGCCUCGUAUGCUGACCACUGACUUGGCUCUCCGCUUCGACCCUGUGUACGAGAAGAUCUCCCGCCGCUUCCUUGCCAACCCCGACCAGCUCUCUGACGCCUUCGCGCGUGCCUGGUUCAAGCUGCUGCACCGUGAUAUGGGCCCUCGUGUCCGCUGGCUCGGCCCGGAGGUCCCCAGUGAGACUCUCCUGUGGGAAGACCCUAUCCCUGCGGUGGACCACCCGCUGGUCGACGUCGAGGAUGUCGCUGAGCUCAAGCGCGAGAUCCUCGCUACCGGCGUCGAGCCUACCAAGUUCAUCGCCACUGCCUGGGCCUCCGCUGCUACUUUCCGCGGCGGUGACAAGCGUGGAGGAGCCAACGGUGCUCGGAUUCGCCUUGCCCCCCCAGAACAACUGGAAGAUGUCCAGCGCCGCUUCAACACCUCUCAGACCGGCAACAAGCGCGUGUCGCUUGCUGAUCUGAUCGUUCUGGCUGGUUGCGCCGCCCUCGAGAAGGCCGCCGGUAUCCCCGUGCCUUUCACUCCCGGCCGCACUGAUGCCAGCCAGGAGCAGACCGACGUUGACACCUUCAGCUUCCUUGAGCCCUUCGCCGACGGCUUCCGCAACUACGGUCACUCCACCGGCCGCGUCCGCACGGAGCAGAUGCUUGUCGACCGCGCCCAUCAGCUCACCCUGUCUGCCCCCGAGAUGACCGUUCUCGUGGGUGGUCUGCGUGCUCUGGACGCUAACUACGACCGCUCCAACGCCGGUGUCUUCACCGAGCGCCCUGGCCAGCUGACCAACGACUUCUUCGUUAACCUGCUGGACAUGAGCACGGAGUGGAAGCCCGCUGGUGCCAACAACGAGACCUUUGAGGGUUUCGACCGCAAGACCGGCGCCAAGAAGUGGAAUGCCACCCGGGUGGACUUGAUUUUCGGCCACCACGCCGAGCUGCGUGCUCUCGCCGAGGUAUACGCCUGCCAUGACGGCCAGGCGCAGUUUGUGCGCGACUUCAUCGCCGCUUCGGACAAGGUUAUGAACCUUGACCGAUUUGAUCUGCAAUACGCUGCCCCCUUGAGCCGUCCUGCUCGUCUGUAA